AAAAGCUUCCGUCGAAUAGACCCGAAACCAACUGUUGACGGGGACAGCGCUAUCUUGAACGAAAGCCCACACCCACUACCAAACCACCACCACCACAACUCAUCUUCACCACCCAACGGUCGUAUAAGCCUCUUUUUCAGCCCACUCGUGUCUCAGCCAUGUCACUAUUAUUACCUAUCACCGUGGGAUUUCGAUUUCGCUUGGUCCUAUUGUUAUUGCUAUUGGUAUUAUAACCAUUACGUUAUAUGGCCAUUGUGAACCGAUUUUCCCUAUGAAAUGGAAGAAGAGAAGUAGUUCGAUAUCUAUUCUAACUCCGGUUUCACAGCGUUUGAGAAUCAAUCGAUAGAGACGAUCGAACUCCCACCGCCUACGGUGACCAACCAGAAUUAGCUGGUUCUGGACCCUCGUAUGGAUACCUCUUAUGGAACCCACUUACUAGUUGACUUAGUGCUCACGGUGGAAAUCCCAAGAAGAGAGAUUAUGGUCGCUGUCGGAGGAAUUCAUGCAUCAAAAUUAUUUAUCGACCGCAAAUCCUCCUUGCUGAUGAUGCGGAUACCCAGCUGGUUAUUGGUUGUUGCUCCUCGUGUUUUUUUCCCUGCGAUGCGUCAUCUACAAGUUCGCAUGCGAGUGGGUUUGAAAGCAGCUGAAGAGUGCAUAAGAUCAGUUUUCCCAGCGAUCGUAUUCUUCAAAAACAAAAACAUCGCUGUACUACCAUCUCGGAUAGUAGAUUGGACCAGAUAUAUAUUUCUCUCUCCAUGUGCGGACAUGUAUACCGGGCUUUCCCCGACAUCACGAAUGUGACAGAGGCUGUACACUCUCAGAUCAUUCGAGAAGCUCGCUAAGCGCCCGAACCGCAUGUCAAAAGACUCUACUCCGUAUGUCUUGUACUGAGUACUGUAAAUGCGUUUGCAUCUCUCGUCUGAAUCUCUCGACGUAUUGCACGUGCUAGUUUAGGAGCCAUAUUCAACGUGCGAUGUUAAGAAAAAUUCAACCGUCGCUACUAUAGCCCUGCUAAAACCACCGAAAACAAAUAGUGG